UUAAGCCAGUGCGAUGUGAGGUGGAGAUCAGCUGAGUGGUUUUGAAUCUUGAAACGACAACAACAACUACUAUUGUUGCUGUUGUUACCUGCUUUCAGGAUGACACAUGUACCUGAGUAUAUAGAUAAAUUAGUGCACCCUAUUCUGGAAAUCCGUGGCCGUGCUCUGAGUUCCCUUCUUCAGAAAGUUGAAUUGAAUUUGGUGACAUGUGGCAGACUGAGCCAAUACCCAAAGUUUCUUCCUAACCUGCUGCAACUAUUGGACCUGGGACCCCACACUCUAAGAUUUCAAGUUCUGAAUUUGCUCUCCUUCAUGUUUAAGGAUGAUUCUGCAAGAAGGCAGUUUGCUUCUCUUGGUGGAACUUAUUAUCUUCGUAGCUUAAAGGCAACUGCCCCUCUUGAUCUCCUGCCAGACAUUAAUCAUCUUCUACAAAAACUGCAAAAUUGCCCACAUCAAGCAUCAGAAGAUAUAACAUCUAGGUCACCAGAGCUUCAGCCACAAGCGGAAGAGAAAAAGGGGCAACAUUGGGCAGCACUGGAUGACACUGAAGAAAAUAGCCUUUCAUUUACCAGUAAUCAAGGGGCUAACUUUAGUGAAAUGGGAUAUACUGUAGAUGGAAGUCAUAUGGAAAGCUUGUUUGACCUAACUCUCCAAGAACCUUCUGCUACAGACCAAAAUUCACCAGUGACAUUUACCGUCUUUCCCUGGCAGGCCUUGACACAAAUUGAUCGCAAAGUGCUGGAUUCAACAACGCAGUCAUUACUCAGUCACAACGAAGCAGUAGUAGUGGCAUCUUUGCAUUUCCUUGAUGCAAUAGUGCUUAAAGAUUUUCCACCUGAAGUUCUCCUACAGAGACCAGCAGUUAUUCAGGCUGUUUAUGGAUGCAUUGAGGAGGAAGGGGAGCUUGCAUGGCGAGUACAAGGUCCUGCAUGCAGCUGUUUACUGACCUUGACGCAGUUGCUGAGCAGAAGAAUUGCACAUUUCAAAGAUCCACAUCUAAUGCCAGAAGAGGAAGAAAUUGCAUCAUCAUCAUCCUCAGGCUUGAACACCCCGAAUAUGGAUAUAAACAGAAGGAGUUGCUGUUCAUUUUUUGGUGGUUAUAUGCAGAAUAUAGGUGCUCACGGACAUGUUCGCCACACUAAGGGGAAGGAUGAAGGACAUUUAGGAGAUGGACCGAAUAGGAGUGGCUCCUUUAAUAAUGUAAUUAAGGAUCUGUCAGGCACCACCACACAUGAAGAAGAUGAUGGAGAUGAAUUUAUUCUUCUUGGAAUGCAUCAGUUAACAGUAACUGGACACUGUAGCCACAUUAUGAGACGCCUGUGUUCUCUCAUGGUUUCCCCAAGACCGUCGAUACAGGAUGUCAGUCUCCGUCUUCUCACCUCCUGUCUGGCACUCUUACAGCAGUGUGUACAGCCUCAGUUUUUAUGGGAACAAGAGGAUUAUGAUGAAGUUUCUGAGGAAAUAACAGGAGAAAUUAGAAGGAUAAUUCUGUGCAUUUCCUAUCUUAUUGUGGCUGGUUUUGAGGCAAAGAGAUCAGCAUCCACUAACACUGAGGCUGAAAGACAAGUUAUGAAUAUUAAUUGUUUGGCGUUGAUACUGUACAGAAUUCUUACAGAUUUCAUUCCUCUUGAAGCAUCUUCCCAGGUCAUUGAUAACGAUGUAUGUGAAGGGAUGAUACGCAUCCUUUGUGAUGGAGGCUUUUAUUUCGAGCACAUGAGUCAACAUAAUGUUUUGCUAAAGCAUUUGAGUAUAGCAAACCCAACUGUUGGUACUCAAAUCAAAAGUGUGCUUUUUGCUGCCCAGUCUCUUAAGGCUACUUCAGAUUUUUUGCAGACAUCAUCAUCUCAACAAGUACAGUUUCUUGAUCUUGCAGAGAAGGCCAUACCAGUGUCUAGUAUUCAUCAGAGCAAUGUGUUGGUAGAAAAAUUUGUACGAGGUGUGGCUAAACAAAUUUCUCUGGGAAAUAUGGAGGAAGAGCAUGUUGAAAAAGCACAAAUGUUACUAUUGCAAAUUCUUCGGUUUCCUGAUGCCACAAUCAGGUUAAGUGGAUAUAAAUCUGUUCAACGACUUGUGGAAGAUAGUGUUGGUGCAUCCCAGGCAGUUGAUACAUUGAUGACUCGAUCUCCUAGAAUCCUCCUCCUCCUGUCACCAACAGUCAUCAGACACCUUGUAUAUUUUGGACUGGCAGAUGACAAUGAAGAGGUUAUGAAAGCUGCUAAGGGCAUUAUACUUGGACUGCUAAAUGGUCACCCAUUGAUGAAUGCUUCUGUGCUGACUGCUGCUGUUCAUUGUUGGUAUAAUUGUCUCACAGACCUCCAGUGCCUAUCUGAUUCAGUCUCAAGUCUUGGUCGAGUAGUCACCAACCUCCCAUCAGUUGUGUAUAAGGGUGAUGGCACGUUACAAAAUAUAGAGCAUUUGAAAUAUUGGCUUCAGUGUCUGUAUCUGCGAGACAGGGACACAAGAAUCCAAGCCCUGUCACGAGUUGUUCAGAAACUUGUUACAACCACAUCCGACUUUCUUCCUGAUCCACGAGACUUUCACCUUGCAGUUCAUCAUGACCUCUUAAUAAUCAAGCACCCCAUACCCCUCUUUUUUAUGAGCAAUUUGAUUUCCGAGGAAGGUAGAUUGAUGAAGGUGUUAGAGCUGAUCCUAGGUCAAGGGAUUGAUCCUGGGGUGUGCAAAGCUGCAUGGUCUCAGCUUGCUUUUCUGUUAGAGGACCCACAGCUUCAUCGUCCCUUUUUGCAGCUCUGUUCUCUCCAGUUCCUUGUGAUGAAUUUUGUCAAUAUGAUGAAGCGUGAUGGCUCUCAGAAUCUGACAGUGGAGUAUUUACCUGGAGCAGUGGAGACACUGAGGCUUCUGGUAACUCACUCUGCUCACAUCAGAUCCAAGUUGCUUAAAGAUGAGGAGUUUUUAUUGUGUGUUGUUAGAGCUGCACUACUUUAUUAUGCAGACGACCGUACUAGAAGCCAAGCAUCUUGUUUACUGGCAUUACUGGUCUUCAAUGAUGUCAUUAUAUAUAUGGGAACUGAAAAUGAACAAAAGCAAGUAAAUGGUGUUAGGAAAGAUUUUAUUUGUGUACCUGAACUUCUGCCCUCUAAGUUACAUUUGCCUUUUUUAUGUGGUACAUAUAUCUGGCAUGAGAGGAAUGGGUUAUGUGAGGAGAUGAGAACAGUGCAUCAGAUUAUACAAGAAAGAGAUUGGCAAGUACUUGACUUUCUUAAAGCAGUGUGGGCAGCAUCUUGUGUUGGAGGGCUUGAGAAGAUUGAUCAGACAUCCAAAUUUUCUGUCAGUUUGCAGUUAAGUAAAUAUGAAGCAGCAUUAUUAAAGUCAUCAGUUUUAAGUGUAGCCAUGACAAAGUUACUUAAAAAUGUUGAAAAUGCCACUUCACAUAAAGAUGUAAAGAAAAACAUCAAUACCCUGAGUUUUUAUAUUCAACAAGUUCAGUUUGCUUCAUGUAAAUGUGAAGAUUUUUUUAUUUCAAGUCAGUGGAUCCAAAGCCUCCAACGUUUUCUCACUUCCCAGCCAAAUUCCUCCGUUGAUGAGCAGCUCCUGACACACAUACUGAACUUUCUAUCUGUCAGUCUAUCAAUAUACAUACCAGUUGUGAAGGCCGGGACAUCUCUGUGUCCGCCACUUCUUCCACUACUGCUGAAUGAACUUAAAAACAAGAAAAGUGCCUUAUAUCAUACACUUCAGAGUGCAGGUGGUGUUUUGUGGGUUGCCAGUGAUCCAAAUCCACGAGCCCUGAUGUCUAUGCGUCUGUUCCGUUCCAUCACUAAGCUCAUCAGCGAUGUACUGAAAUUUGUGCAUUGCUGUGGUGCCUGUCAGGCCUCCUUUGACAGCGCUGCAUUGGAUCAGCUAGCAGCCACCAUAAUUAAUUGUCUUCUGCCACUCCUUACUGCCAACAAUGACCUUCACAAUUAUAAUCUAGUGAUAAUUGGAUGUUUGUUAGAAUGUCUUGUCCAAGUAACAGCAUUGGGUUGGCCUGGUGAAGAACUUUCACGUCAACUUGCAUCACAUUUAAUAAGGCUGAUUAGUACAUUCCAUGUUGGUCGAGGGAGAGCGCACAACUCUUACAUGGGACGGAUGGUGACCCUGUGCUCAUCUCUUGCCUUGAUACACUUGCUCUCUAAUCCAGAAGGAGAUCUUACACAGGAUGCUGCAAUAUGGUCAAAUGAAGAGGGAGUACUGGAUUGGUCUUGGUUAGUCUCCUUGUGGGUGUACUGUGACCCAAGUGUUACUAGUAUUGGGCUUGCUGUAGCUUCUGCCUUAAUUACCCAAACCUGUGGGCUAAGUCUCCUCCACAACAGUCUUACUCAAGCCUCGGGAGGAGUAUGGGGAGCUGCUUUAAGUUAUUUGCUGUCAGAUGGUCGGAGCUGCUUAGUCCGGACUUGUGCUGCACAACUCCUUAUCAAGUUGACGAGAACCGGCCCAACACACAGUAAUCCCUGGACAUCUCCAGUUGUUACUGAUACUCUCACUGGUGAAUCAGUCGAAGGUUUGCCAGCACUAAUGGUCUUGCUUCAGCACUGCAGUUUCUACAGUAUGGUGUGUUCAUCCAUGGCAAAGCUGCAUGUCUCUCAGGAGCCAGUAGUUAUAAACGCUCGACCCUCUAGACAAGGAGAGUUGGAUCUCUCUGUAAGUAGAUUCAGUUCUUUUUUGGUGUCAGAAAAUGAUGUCCACAAUACCACUGAAAACAUGAGCAACAGAAAUUCAAAUAACAGAAGCGUAUCGCAUCUUAUGUCAAUUCAGCUAUAUGAAACCCUGUUGAGGCUUCUUAUAAAUAUUCUCCUCCUCCAGCCUUCUCAAGUGAUUUCACAGCUGUCUUCACAUAAUGUUAUAUCCUUGAUAAUAAAACAACUUCGUUUCAUUGUUUGGGAGAUAAAAACUUCAAAGUUUUACUUACAAGCAGUAGAGAUGGCUCUGGUGCUAAUUGGAGCAGUAUUAAAAUAUGACCCUGCACAAGCACCAUCUCUUGCACGUGAUACAAGCCUUGUGCAUCUCAGUUUAGUAGUGCUGUCCUCAGGUAUUGAAAAGGAAAGUGUCACUAUAGUUAGUUUGGAAGUUCUGAAUGCCCUGGUAUGUGGGAGAGGAUGGGGAGCAGCUCGUAUCAUUGAGUGGAUUUCUGUGUCGCCUGCACUCAUACUCCGCCCUAUGGUAGCUGGCUUUCACGUUUCUGCUUCAGCUGAACGUCAGGCUGCUACGGUGGCUUUUUUAACUAAUCUCUUGCAUGAGGUGUUUCACAGUGAAAUAUCCACACAACAGGAUCUUCCAGUAGUUAUAUCUAGAGUACUGGAUGACCCUGUUCAGCUGUUAAAUGAUCAGAAUGUGUGUCCAGGCUGGGAAUUAUCUCGUCAUAUUAUUCAGUUAAUAUGUGGUUUACCCGAUUGUGAGGAUCCAAAUAAGCAGCCUGCAGCACAGCAGAAGACUGACAUUUUAUGUAUGGACCAAGAGCAUCUUUUCCUACUUUUAGAUUCCCUAAAAUUAUUAUUAUUAGCUUCACAAAGUGCCAAGGAAGCUGCUCAUCAUUUUCGCCAUUUCUUGCUUCCUACUCUUACAAAGUCAUUCUCAGAUCUCCAGAAUAAGCUUCAGAAUGUCAAUAUUCAUAUUACAGCUCAGUUAAUGAAGAUUAAAGAAAUUAAGGACACUAUAUGUAUAAUUAUACAGAUCCUAGAGAUUGCAACAAACUGGAUUGAGGUACGGGGCAAUUGGUUAUUGAUGGUUGGUGAAACAUUUGUGCCCUUGCUUCACCCACUCUGGACUCCUGCAAUUCAAACACUGCCUCUCUUAGAAGCUAUUUUAAAGUUCUUGUUGGCUGCUUCAUCUCAUCAUCAAAUUUGUUUAUUGCUGACUCGUACAAGUGGAUUGCCAGGUGUACUGCUCAGUACAUCUCGUACUAAGAGGCCUCUCCUUGCAUGUAUCACUACUGCAGUCUGUCAGCAGUUAGAAAAAUUGCUUACAUACAGCAGAAGUUUUACACUGUGUUUUAAGGACUUUUCCCGUGACAGUUUUCUUGCAGCAAUUUCAGUUUUAAUCAACUGUGCACGAGUGCAAGAGUGUACCUAUGUUAUGAACAGACUUGACUUGGUGCCUUCUUUAAUAAAGUGGCUCCAGUGCAAGGCAGCUGUUGAAGAGGGUAUGGUCAUCACACCAAGCAUAGUGAAACUCCUUGUUCUUGUAACUACACAUCAUGAAUCACAGAUAGCUGUUUGCAAGACAUAUGGUUGGCUUAGCACUAUCCAAGACCUUAUAUUGCAUGACAGCUUGCAGACAGAUGCUCUCAGAAUCAUGGCCAACAUGUCCCUGAAUCAUUACUCGGCUCAUGCACUGUUGGCCUCAGAUAAUUUCAUUAAAACUAUUGUCGGCAUCAUUGGAAACAGUGAGACUGAACUGUGGGUAGAAAUUGCUUUAGGAAUUCUCUGGGCUCUGGUAAGUAACAAUCAAAGAGGACAGGCAAUAAUCAAGCAAUAUCCAGUUAUUCCUUUGUUAAACAACUUGAUUGAGUUACAAAUGGAUAAAAAAUCUUUCUUGUCUCAGAAAAUACUUGAUAUCUUGAAUUGAUCCAUAGAGUAUUUAUUCUGUUUGGGGCAUUAUUAUCUGUGAUUUAUAAAGAACAAGCAGUUCUAUAUUAUUUUUUAUAGCUUUAUUUCAUAAAUAGCUAAAUAAUAUAUAUUUUUUUUUUUUUUUCAACAAGUCGGCCGUCUCCCACCGAGGCAGGGUGACCCAAUAUAUAGAUAGUAACCAGAGAAUAUAAUUCUUUGUAACAUUUUGAUUUCAUUAUAUAAGGACUCCUGCUAUUUAUUUAUUUAUUGUAAAAUUAUCUUUUUAAAAUUGUUGAACCCAAACAUUGGACAUUCUCUGCUGGUAUAUAUUGACCUUGUAUUACACAGUAUGCUUCAGUACAUUAACAUAGCUCCUGUAUAUUUAAUAUCUUUAUGAAUCAUUUCAUACUUUCUUAACACACUUGAUACAUGCUAAAAAUAUACAUUACAGCAACCAAGGUUUGAUUAUUCCUAGGAAAAUUUUGUUGGUUUUCUUUCCAGUCCAUUUCACAACAGUGUACAAAAUCGAAUAACCCACAUAUUUUAGUUUUGUAAAAGUUUAUUGCAAAUAAGUGAAUGAAAAACUCAUGAUUCUUAUCAUAUUCGUAAAGUAAAUAUAUACUACAGUUUAUGAAUAUGAUUAACCUUUGUGAAUUUUAUCUAUAUUUUUUUCUUUUGCAACACUUAACCCCAAACACAAUUUUUACAUUUAAGGUUUUGCAGGUCAUUUACUAUCAUUGCAUGGCUUAGUAAUGUUUUUGUUUCAGUAAUGUUCAUCAUUCAUCAGUUUCUCUAUUUUUUAAUUAGUUUGAUAUUUUAUGUACUUGCACACAUCAUUUAACUUUAUUAAAUUGUCUGUUGUGGUCUUCAGCCAGACAGGAAGCCCAUGGUUUGGAAAAGCACAUCCCCCAAGAUAGGUAGAAUUCUUGGUGCCUGUGAGGGGUCUCUUGACGCAAGGAAUUGGACCUGAUUGCUUUAUUCCCCCAGGUGCUGUAUAACUCUUAAGAGGUUUAGAGCUUCCCUUGAAAUAUGAUAAUUGGACAGGUCUAUUUUGCCUAUAAUUUUUUUUUCAACAUGCCACCCAUUUCCCACCAAGGCAGGGUGGGGCCCCCCCCAAAAAAGAAAUGCUUUCACCAUCAUUCACACACAAUCAGUCUUUGCAGAUGUGACAGUUCAGAUGUCACUCCAUGCAUCAAAUAUCCCAAACCCUUCAUUUGAAGUGCAGGUAUUGUACUUCCCACCUCCAGGGCUCAAGUCUAGUUAAUCAGUUUCCCUGAAUCCCUUCACAAAAUAUUACCCUGCUCACACUCCAACAGCUUGUCAAGUCCCAAAAACCAUUUAUCUUCAUUCUCACUUAUCUCACAUACACAUACAGGUCUGCUGUAUGUCCAAGCCCCUUGCACACAAAACCUCUUUUACCCCCUCCCUCCAUCCUUUCCUAGGACAACCACUAUCCCUCCUUCCCUCCACUACAGAUAUAUACACCUGUAAUUGCCAAAUUCUCAUAUUGUCUUCUUUUAAUGGAAGGUGUAGCAUUGACAGUUUCCUGAUCCUAACAACUGGAGCAGAUCAAAUCUCACUAAUUCAGUUAAACCUGGAAACCCUGCCUUCCUUCAAUUUUUUUGGUUAGACGGGAUGUGUUUACUCUCCUUUGAUUCUGGAGGAUUGUGGAAUGAAAUUUAUAGGUUUUGAAUUGCUUUGGUUACUUAUUUAUAACUGUGACAUGGCAUAUAAAUGGCCAUGUUACAGUUAGUAAUUAUUACAUUCAGAGGGAGUGUGCCAAACCUACGAGUCAGUGCCUGGGAAUGGGAAACAAUCUUGUUUGAUCUAAAGAGGGGGAUACUAGGUCUACAUUCCUUGGAUCUUGAGCCCUUCACCAGUAUCAAAGUAUCUUCCUUGAGGGGAGCAAGUUAGUAAUAAUAGCAGAAAAUUUGUAGCAGUAGAAAAUUGCAAACUUUAAUUUGUAUUCUAAGCACUGAAUAACCAAAUAGGUCCAGUGCUUUUUUCUUUUUUUGUUUUUAUUCUUUUAAAUCAGUCUUGUAUUCUCUUUACUUCAGAUUAUCCUGUGUUCUUGUGUACUGUACAUAAAGGAUACACAAUACUUUUUUUUGUAGUAGGGUAAUGAAACUUUGUGAUUUAUUUAUGUCAUAUAAACGUACAAACAUUUCUGAUCACAUUUCACAGAUUCAGUACACUUGCACAAUGUAACAACUACUAAUGCCUUGGAGAGCAAUUUACAAUUUUAUGCUAGUUGCAAAAACAUAUUUUAUCUGGAAUUUACAUGUAAUUCAUCAUGAAACUUUACAAUAAUUUGAUUAACAUUUUGAUGCACAACUUUAAAGAUGUUUGCUGAUUCAGCUGUGCAUAAUAUGUCUGCAACAAAACCAUUGGUCCAGAGUUUGAAAUACAGUUUACACACUUAUAAUUUUUACUUAAAAUAAUAAUAAGCUCUCCUUUGAAGUAUGUUGUGUGUGUAUAACUUAAGACUUGUCUAUUGUUAAAAAUGGUUAAGAA